AUGUCGCUGUUAUACAGACUUACCCCCCGACUCGCCACCCCACCAAGACGCGCUCACAAGUCCAUCCGCACCAUCACCUCCAGAGCGCAGGAGUAUCUCCAAAACCACAACCCAGACUACACCGACUCGCAGCGGACAGUGCGGGACGCAAUCUCCAAGAUAUGCGCUCGCUUCCCCGACUCGUACUGGGGGGACCUCGACGCCCGCAAGCAAUUCCCUGCCGACUUCCACGCCACGCUCGCCCGCGCCGGCUGGCUGGGGAUAUGCAUGCCCACUGAGUACAACGGCUCGGCACUCGGUCUCUCCGAGGCGGCUGUGAUGAUGCAAACGAUCUCCGAGUCCGGCGGGGGCAUGACCGCCGCAUCGUCGGUGCAUAUGAACAUCUUCGGGCUCGAACCGGUGGUGAAAUUCGGGACCCCCGAGCAGAAAGCCCGCUGGCUCACGCCCCUUAUCGCCGGGGAAGAACGCGCUUGCUUCGGUGUCACAGAGCCGAAUACAGGACUGGACACGCUGAAACUCCAAUCUACGGCCCGCAAAGACGGAGAGCACUAUAUCCUCUCCGGGCAGAAGAUCUGGAUCUCGACCGCGCAGAACGCGCACAAGAUCCUCAUCCUGGUUCGCACGACGCCACUGUCAGACGUGAAGAAGCCAUCGCAGGGUUUAUCCUUAUUCUACACAAACCUGGACCGCUCGGCGGUGGAGGUGCGUGAAAUCCUGAAAAUGGGACGCGGCGCUGUCGAUACUAACGAGUUGUUCUUUGACAACUGGCGCGUUCCAGCGAGUGACCUUGUCGGCGCGGAGAACGAGGGCUUUAAGAUGAUCAUGCAUGGCAUGAAUGCAGAGCGGAUCCUAAUCGGUGCUGAAGCGCUAGGGCUGGGUUUUGCUGCGCUGCGUCGUGCGUCGCAGUAUUCAUCGGACCGCAGAGUCUUUGGCCGGCCGAUUGGGAUGAAUCAGGGAUUGCAGCAUCCGAUGGCGGAUAGUUGGAUGAAGCUUGAGGCGGCGCGGUUGAUGAUUUCGCAGGCGGCAAAGCUGUAUGAUGCCGGGUAUGGCGAUGGGGAGUACGCGAAUGCUGGGAAAUAUUUAGCUGGUGAGGCGGCGUUUGAGGCGUGUGAGCGGGCUGUCCUGGCGCAUGGGGGGAUGGGAUAUGCCAGGGAAUUCCAUGUCGAGAGAUACCUGAGAGAGGUGUGGAUUCCGAGAUUGGCGCCGGUGAGUCGUGAGAUGAUCUGUAAUUACAUUGGACAGAGGGUGCUGGGGCUUCCGAAGUCAUAUUAA